UCCGAUUACGUUAUAUCAUCCUACACUCCUAGCCUGUCCGCUCUUCUGCAGGCUAAUCAAGACCCGCCGCUUGACGUUCUUCGACAAAACGGGGCAGCUGCCCUGUUAGUUGCGGAGCCUCAGCCUGUCGGGGAAGAAUGGGAGUCAAUACCAUAUACAUUGGCAGAAGUUUCGGGUGUUAAGGAGUUGAUACCAUCCGCAACAUUGUUGGGAUCCAUCGAGGAGGGCGCGACCAUCCAAGAUUUCCGAUCAGCUUCCGUGGUCCAUUUGGCGUGCCAUGGCAUUCAGGAUGGCAGUGAUCCUUUGCAGUCUGGAUUCGCUCUGCGAGAUGGCAUGUUGACGGUGUCUCGGAUCAUGGAGUUAGACGCGCCGAAUGCAGCGGUCGCUUUCUUGAGCGCGUGUGAGUCUGCUAUGGGCGAUGGCGGGCUACCUGAUGAAUCGGUUCACCUGGCGGCAGCGAUGCUUUUCCUUGGGUUUCGUAGUGUAGUCGGAACGAUGUGGUACGUGGCAAUGGACGAUGCAUCAGGUCCAAAAGUCGCUCACCAAGUGUACGAGGCCAUGCUGGCGGGCAACCGCCACGGUGAUUUCGACUAUGGAUGCAUACCAAGAGCUCUAGAUUUGGCCAUGCGUGAGCUCCGAGAAGACAAGGAGACACCAAUAGACGACUGGGCCCUCUGGAUUCACAUGGGAAUAUGA